AGGCCAGAAAAGGGCGGAUGUAGAGACCAACAUGGCAACGAAUAACACAACAAGAGGAAGUGGGGCUUACACGCAGUAAAUGUUUGCCUUUUAAAUAACUCGUAAUUACUAGGCAUUAGGUCCUUUUUGGUUUCUUUUUUUCUCAAAACAAGAGUUUAAACCGUCACGACAAAGAUGGAGUAACAGAGCGAAAAGUUUUGGUCUGCAUCCACACAAGUUGUUGAACCCUUCCCAGGGCCCUUUGGGGCCCAGGAAGAGGAUGCAUCGUGGUGGGGAUAAGGACUUCCAGAUAUCAGCACGAAAGAUGGGCACAUCCUUGCUUUUCCAACUCUCAGCUCAUGAAAGAGAGUUGGAUUUGGUGUUUCUGGACCACAGCUAUGCCAAGCCAUGGAAUGCCCACCCAGAUGCCAGCAGCGCCCGGCCCACACGGACACUGUUUGUUACACCUCGUCGCCAGCCUGAAGCCUUAUCAGACUCUGAUUCUGUAAUUGACGUGGAAACGGUCACACCAACACCCAUUCCUCUGUAUGAUAACCAGAAAGCUCUUAGUGUGAUGAAGGAGUGUGAGCGACAUGUCCUGUUUGCUCGCACUGUUGCUGAGAGCCCUCCACCCCCCGAAGACUGGGAGGAACAUCUAAACAAGACUGGAUGGUCAGUGGCCCAGAACAAGCUGUUCAAUAAAGUCCUUAAAGCACUACAAGCUGAAAGACUUGCCCGUCUGGCCAAUGAAAAUGCUUCCAAUGAGCCAAUUUUGCGGAGGGUAGCUGUGGACAAGUGUGCCAGGAAGGUGCGGCAUGCAUUAGCCAGUGUGAACUGGGACACCAAACUGACGCAGUGGCUGCACACCACCAUGAUUGAAUCCUUAAGCCUUCCCAUGCUUGCUGCUUACCUGGAUGUGCUGCAGACUCUCAAAAGCAAGUUGCCCUCGCUGAUUGACAGAAUGUUGCUGCCAUCAGCAAAGACUGGAGCGCCGAGUGCAGAGGCUCUGUCUCUGCUGCUGAAACGGCCAUGGGACCCAGCUGUUGGAGUUCUAUCUCAAAACAAACCGAGUAAGCUUCCUGGAUCGCCACUCAUCCUAAUUACACCAUCAAGCCCAACCAAUCCAGCCCUCUCUACCUCGCGGCGAAUGAGAUUCUGGCAGUCACAGCUCUCCUGUUUGGGAAAGGUCAUACCAGUGCACACUCAUGUGAACAGCAACGCCAACAUUGGCAUUACCCAGUGUCUAGAGCACAUGUUGGGUACUGUCAGGGCCAAGGUCAUGGAGGUUCAUAGUCACUUCCCCCAUAAACCCAUUAUCCUGGUUGGCUGGAAUGCUGGUGCUCUUAUCGCUUGUCACGUUUCCCUUAUGGAGUAUCUGACUGCUGCCGUUUGUCUUGGCUUCCCCCUGCUAACAGUCAAUGGGCCAAGAGGGGAUGUCGAUGACCCGCUGCUGGACAUGAAGACCCCAGUGUUAUUUGUGGUUGGCCAGAAUGCUCUACAGUGUAGUAUAGAAGGCAUGGAGGAGUUCAGAGAGAAGCUAAGGGCAGACAACAGCAUGGUGGUAGUGGGAGGAGCUGACGACAACCUCAGAAUCAACUCAGCAAAGAUGAAAUCAGAGGGCCUGACGCAGACCAUGGUUGACCGCUGCAUUCAGGAUGAAAUUGCUGACUUCUUGUCAGGCGUCCUCACAAGGGCAGAGGGCCAUGGUCAUGGCUCAGGGGAGAUGAGAGACCUGGACACAGAGAAGAAGAAAAGGCCUCGACGAGAGCUUCCCUUUGACAUGGAGAGGGGACGACCUUCCUCCCCUGCACUUAGAGUUCCUAUCUCACCAUCGGGUUCAGAGGAUCUGUCUAGUGUCUGUAGCAGUCCCACUUCUAGUCCCAAACCCAAGACGUCUGGUCUGUCUCCUGCACAGAAGUCCAGUCUGAUCACAGCUACACAGCUCCUCAAGACACACAUGCAGCGCUCUGGCACAGUUCUCACUCACAAACAGGCUCAAGCUCAGUUUGCUGCUUUUAUGAAACAAAACAUGCUUGUAAGGAAAAAUCUUCCUCCUGGCACCCCUCCUUGUAUUUUUGUGCCAGUGACCAGCGAUCAGAUGGAAGGCCUUGACAGAGAUGAACUGAGGUCCCAUGGCAAGAGGAGACAAACACCUAGUCCCACGCCAAGCAAAGCCUCCAAGAGAGCCAAGAUCAAGGUGACCAUCGUUUCCCAAAGCGAGUCAGCAGGGGGCGCCAUCAGCCCUGCUGCACAGGAAGUGGGUGCCUCUGGGAAGCCAUUAACAGUGACAGUGGGACAGACUGUGGCUGGAGCCAAGGAGCUCUCCGGACUUCUUACAGGCCAGCGGUCUGGUAGUCUCUCAGAGGUGUCUGGUGCCCUGUCCCCAGGCUCCAGCUCAUUCAACAGCGUGCAGCCUUGCAUGGUGUCAGGGUCCUCCGCACCAGUCCAGGCGCAAGCUCCGGCUACUGCCCAAGCGCCUUCCGCCAGCAGUCUGCUACAAGGCCUAAGUUUCAGUCUUCAGGAGAUUAUCACCAAAGCUCCUAGCCUGCCCUCCACAGGCAGCACCCAGGCGGUUUGUGGGAAGCCCCAGGGUCAGGUCCUGAGCUCUGUCGGUACCAGCAGCAGUACUCUGCUCCGGGCGGUGCCUGUGGUCACCGCAGGAGGAGUGGCUAAAACCACUGCCAUCCACCAGCUGCUCACUAAUGGCGGGUUGGCCAAACUUGCCAGCAGCUUGCCCGGCUUGGCGCACAUCACCAAUCAGACUGCUGUAGGGCAGAAAGCCCCCACUUCUAUAACAGUGACACUUCGAGGAGCGCAGCCGAGUAGAGUGGGAUCUCUCAGCCAAGUUGGUGAGGUUGUGACGCCGGCUCGUACCCAUGAGCCCAAGCAGUGAAAAUCUCAGAUCACGGUUUCCAUGUGGUGAUACACCUGAUGUAAGCUGGUGCUGUGCCAGAGGCAUCUGGGAGCCACAGCCUGCUGAUGAGACUGUACCCUCCCUGUAAUGAUGUACACACCACGCUGCCAAAACGAGCAGAACACCUGCCUCACAUCCUCCAGAGUACUCUCCUGUCGAGAUGCUUGAAAAAAGCCUGGGAGUCACUGUCGGUUGUGGAUGAGCCGCUACCAUGCUUAACCUCUGUGUACAUAUGAGUAGCAUUGACUCGCCAAAAUCUGUGCUCUCUUCUUUUACCCUUAACUUUGAUAAGAAAAUGUCGACAGCCAGAUACACAGCAUGGUCACAUGUUAUCCUUUAGGGAAGAAGUUAUAUCAUGAGUGGAUAAAGUGCAACCUCCCUGGACUGUGAUAAUACAACUGUAAAAGGACAGAUGUGCAACUCUCGGUGCUGACUAUACGCCAACAGUGUAUUGCAACAACAAAAUGCUUCUUUGAUUGUAUAUUAAGUUAAAAUCCCUUUCCCACCAUCUCUGCUACAGUAUCUAUGAUUAACAUGAAUGUGUGUCAAGCAUUUUGAUGUCACAGCUGGAUAUUUCUGAAUAUCCCUGUAUUUGUGAAGUAACUAAAUUUGAAUGUUAGUCAUUGCUUUGAUAUUAUUUAUCACAGUAAUUAUAUAAUCAUCAUUAUA